CUCCAUGAUCGACGGCGAAGAUGAAGCAGUUACCACCAGUUGUAACAAAGAAUCUCCAAUUCCAGACACCGACAAGUUCGUAUACCAAAUCCUCAACGGCCCAAACGAGCAAUGCCAGGAGAAUUUCCGGAUGGACAAAACCGUCUUCUACAAGCUCUGCCACGUCCUCCAAACCAGAGGCCUCCUACGCCACACCAACCGAAUCAAGAUCGAGGAGCAGCUCGCCAUCUUCCUCUUCGUCAUCGGCCACAACCUCCGCACCCGAGCCGUCCAAGACCUCUUCGGAUACUCCGGCGAAACCAUCAGCCGCCACUUCAACAACGUCUUGAACGCCGUCACGUCCAUCUCCGCGAGUUUCUUUCGAUCGUCCGAUGUCGAUGAUCAUCAAUCCGAUCCUUGCUUCAAGGACUGCGUCGGAGUCGUUGAUUGCAUUCACAUGCCUGUGAUGGUCGGCGUCGACGAGCAGGGUCCUUUCCGCAACAGCGAUAACGGACUGCUUACGCAGAACGUGCUCGUCGCUUGUUCCUUUGAUCUCAGGUUCCGUUACGUGUUAGCUGGUUGGGAAGGCUCAGCUUCUGAUCAGCAAGUUCUCAAUGCUGCUUUGACUCGACCUAACAACCUACAAGUCCCUCUAGGAAAGUACUACAUUGUGGACAGUAAGUACGAGAAUCUUCCAGGAUUUAUAGCGCCGUAUCGUGGUGUUUCAACCAGCAACAAAGAAGAGCCCAAGGGGAUGUUCAACGAGCGGCACAAGGUGUUGCAUCGAGCGAUUGACAGAGCUUUUGGAGCCUUGAAAGAACGGUUCCCGAUCUUGCUAUCGGCUCCUCCGUAUCCUCUUCAAACACAAGUGAAGCUGGUGAUUGCGGCUUGUGCGUUGCACAACUAUGUGCGCUUGGAGAAGCCUGAUGAUUUUGUGUUUAGGAUGUUUGAAGAAGAAGAACAAGAAGAAGCAUUAUUGGCGGAAACAACAGAAACAGAAGAAGGUAGAGGAAUGACAUUGGAGGAGGAGGAGGAGGAGAAUCAGGGACAUGAGCAUGGCUCGUUUAGACCAGAAGAAGUGGAAGAUAGUUUAAGGUUAAGAGAUGAGAUCACAUCUCAUCUCUGGAACCAUUAUGUCCAAACCUUCUAAAACUUGUCUUCUUUGCUUAAGUGCUUUUAUUUGUUAGAGAGUUCAUUCCAGCUUGCACAUCAAUGUUAUUUUCAAAUAUAAAUAACCAGAUAGAGAGAUAUUACGGGAUGUCAAAUUUGGUUGCAAGUAUCUUUGAGUCUUUCUACCAUCUGUUAAUAAUCAACAAACUUGAGUCAUUCUUGAUAGACGCUUA